AUGAGAAAAGAGUAUGGAGCCCCCGAGGGGUUUUUUGCUUCUUUGUGGAGCUUCAUCUGUUUUCUCCCUUAUUUUAUUGGCCUUCUCAUUCUUGGUUUCAUUAAAGGUAUCAUUUUUGCCCUAUGCCUUCUCAUGUCAGUUGGAAACUCUGCAGUAACAUUGGGUCUUUGGCCUGUGCACCUAUGCUACACUUACUAUUGCAUAUUGAGCACGAAACAAUUAGGGCCAGUUCUGAAGCUUGUACUCUGUCCACUUGUUCUUGUCCUGUUAGUCUUCUGGCCAAUAAUAGCAGUUUUAGGUAGCAUUCGGGGUGCGGCAUACGGAUUUUUUUCACCAAUGCUUGCCACUUUUCAAGCUGUUGGUGAAGGGAAGACAAAUCAAUUCUUUCACUGUAUUUAUGAUGGAACUUAUACUGUCAAGCGAAGCUUUACUGUUGAGGACUUCCUGGACAUGUGUUACUAUUCCUAUUUCUCGAUAAUGGAUGAUUUACGAGUUCAAGGCCUUUCCGCUGGGAAGUACUAUGAGAUCAGAUUGCUUUAUGUUCCCGGAGCACUUAUUGCUGGAGUGCUGGGAUUUAUGGUUGACAUGAUUGUGAUAUCAAUCAUUGCCAUUUGCAAAAGCCCCUACAUGCUAUUUAAGGGGUGGCAUCGUUUAUUUCAUGACUGUGUUGGUCGAGAGGGCCCCUUCUUGGAGACAAUAUGUGUGCCAUUUGCAGGUCUUGCUAUCUUGCUCUGGCCAUUGGCCGUUGCUGGGGCUUUGUUGGGCUCUAUGGUAUCAAGCAUCAUCCUGGGCUUUUAUGCAGCUGUUGUUGUAUAUCAGGAGUCAUCUUUCUGGCUGGGCCUGUGCUAUAUUGCUGCUUCCUUGUCCAUCUAUGAUGAAUACAGCAAUGAUGUUCUUGACAUGUCAGAAGGUUCCUGCUUUCCUAGACCCAAGUACAGAAAGAAUGCUGCAUCAGUAACCAGUUCUCGAGCAGCAUCCUUUUCAAGGCUCCAGUCUUUUAAACGUACAACUUCUUUCAGUGGUCGUAUUGUUGAAUUGAGGUCCCUUGAGUUGGUUGACGCCUUACUCAAGGAGUGCCAGCGCUAUGGGGAAAUAAUGGUUUCUGAAGGCAUAAUAACAUUAAAAGAUAUUGAAGAUGCCAAGUCUUAUAAAGAUAGUGGCAAAAUAAUCAGCAUUGGUUUACCUGCUUAUUGCAUAUUUCAAGGACUUCUGCGUUCGGCUAAAGCUAAUUCUGCUGGUAUAUUGCUAAGUGAUAAUGUUACUGAAAUAACUAGUACAAAUCGGCCAAAAGAUGCUGUCUUUGAUUGGUUUUUUAACCCACUGGUGAUCAUUAAAGAACAAAUCAAAGCUGAAAACCUAUCUGAAGCUGAAGAGUUAUAUCUUGGCAAAUUGGUUCUACUAAGUGGUGAUCCUGAGAGGCUGAAAAAAUCUGACAUCGGUGCACCACCAGAGUCUGAGCUAAGACGAGCUGAACUUGAUGGAUUAGCUCGAAGACUUCAAGGAAUCACUAGAUCCAUAUCAAGGUAUCCCACAUUUAGGCGGCGUUUUGAUACCAGUAUGAAGAUGGUCGUAGAAGAACUUGCCAAAAAGAAUGGUGAAAGUAGCAUCUCUAGUGGACCUCAAACAGUUCCCCGGUCAAAAAGCUUGUUUGUCCGAAUGUUUAGCCAAAAAUCUUCUAGAACCAGAACGAGUAAGCAUGGAUCUGAUCUAGAGGCCGGAUCAGUUGUUGAGAGAGAUGUUGAAAUUAUAUGAGAAAGAAAUAUGACAACUUAUGAGUUUGUAUCUGUAACAUUUGGGUGUCAAUAGCUGAUUUUGAACUCCAGCGCAGGUUAAGUUUCACAUCAUUGAAGUUUUUCCUUGGAGAAAGGGAAAUAGGAAUGUAGUGGGAUAUUGGUUUUCUUCCGUGCUUUUGAACAGUUACAGAUUGUGUUGUAUAGAAAGGGAACGUAGUGGGAUCUGGGAUUUUGGAUUCGAUUAUUUGCUUUCUCCAACAUUUGUAUCUCCAUCGCUAACAACGACAACAGCAGCAGCCUGAAGGAAUUUUUCAAUACGCACUGUACAUGAGAAGGAAAACUGUCUCGGGGGUGAGUUUUAUUAAAGAUUCUAUUACGCGCAUUGUGACUUUGGAUAUACUUUUUCGUUGACAGAAACUUCUACUAGUGUGUUUGGAUAGAGUAUUAUUUUGAAAUAAUUAAUGUUAGAUUUUUUGUAAUGUGAUGUAUAUGAGAUGAAAAAGUAAUUGGAAAUGUAAAAAUGUGAAUUGAAAAAUAUGUUUAUGAUACAAGCGAAAUAUUAUUUGAUUAAA